AUGUUGGACCUCUCCGUUGUUUCCUCCCCGCCUGCAAUACUUCCCCGUCUCCGCACCUGCAGGUGUAACUGUGGCUGCGCGGUCCCCAGGAAACCUGCGGGGCGCCGGCUGGUAUUGCGAAGGUUACGGCAGCACGCGGAGGAAGCCCGGGAGAACUGCACGCGGACCAGAGACCUCAGAGAGUCUUUAAAAUACGGCUGGCAAAGCCCUGGAGGAGAGGAGCCUUUCUGGCGCGCCCAGCGCGCGCUCAGGCACUCCGGGGAGGAUCCGGGAACAGCGCGGCUCCAGGCAGGUCUCACGGCCAGGUGUCCUCCUGGCUCCCAGGUUCACGUGCACUGGGGGAGGAGGGGCGGAGGAAGAGGACAGAGUGAAUCAGCGAGCGCCGGGUACCUAGCAGGGACCGCGGGCGGCGCCCGGUACGCCUCCGGCCUCGCGCCGCCGCCCGGGAGCGCGACUUCCUCCUUUGGGGGCCGGCGCGCGGGACAAGCGGCCGGCCGCGGCCUGCUGGCCCUGCUGCUGGUGGUGUCCGCCCCGCUCGGGCUGCAGGCGGAGGAGCCGGGUGACGGCUGUGGGCACAUAGUGACCUAUCAGGACAGUGGCACAGUGACAUCUAAGAACUAUCCAGGCACUUACCCCAAUCACACAGUUUGUGAGAAGACUAUCACUGUACCGAAGGGGAAGAGAUUGAUUCUGAGGUUGGGAGAUCUGGAUAUUGAAUCCCAGACCUGUGCUUCUGACUACCUUCUCUUCACCAGCUCUUCUGAUCAGUAUGGUCCCUAUUGUGGAAGUAUGACUGUCCCCAAAGAACUCUUGCUGAACACAAGUGAAGUAACUGUUCGCUUUGAGAGUGGAUCCCACAUUUCGGGGCGGGGUUUUUUGCUGACCUACGCCAGCAGCGACCAUCCAGACAUUGCCAAACGUCUCCCGAUGGGCAAAAUUCACCCCCAGUUGAGAACCACUGGUCUAGAGAUCAUUGUCAACAACAACACUAGUGACAACUAUCACUCCUUAGAGUGCUUUCUUAGUGACAGCAAAUUCUGCCCAGCUGGUUGUAGAGACAUAGCAGGAGACAUUUCUGGGAAUGUGGUGGAUGGAUAUAGAGAUACCUCUUUAUUGUGCAAAGCUGCCAUCCAUGCAGGAAUAAUUGCAGAUGAACUGGGUGGGCAGAUCAGCGUGCUUCAGCGCAAAGGGAUAAGUCGAUAUGAAGGAAUCCUGGCCAAUGGUGUGCUCUCAAGGGAUGGUUCCCUGUCAGACAAGCGAUUUCUGUUUACCUCCAAUGGUUGCAGCAGAUCCUUGAAUUUGGAACCUGACAGGCAAAUCAGAGCUUCUUCUUCUUGGCAGUGGGUCAAUGAGACUGGAGAACAAGUUCAUUGGUCUCCUGGCCAAGCCCGACUUCAGGACCAAGGCCCAUCAUGGGCUUCGGGGGACAGCAGCAAGAACCACAGGCAACGAGAGUGGCUGGAGAUCGAUUUGGGAGAGAAAAAGAAAAUAACAGGAAUUAAGACCACUGGAUCCACACAAUCAAAUUUCAACUUUUAUGUUAAGAGUUUUGUGAUGAGCUUCAAAAACAACAACUCCAAGUGGAGAACCUAUAAAGGAAUUGUGAAUAAUGGAGAAAAGGUGUUUCAGGGCAACUCUAAUUUUCGAGAUCCAGUGCGGAAUAAUUUCAUCCCUCCCAUUGUGGCCAGAUAUGUGCGGGUUGUCCCCCAGACGUGGCACCAGAGGAUAGCCUUGAAAGUGGAGCUCAUUGGUUGUCAGAUUACACAAGGUAACGAUUCUUUGGUGUGGCGCAAAACAAGUCCAAAUACUGUUGGUUCAACUAAAAGAGAAGAUGAGAUAAUCACAAACGCUGUCCCCUCCGAAGAAAUGCCCAAAGGAAUAAACAUCACAACCAUCGCUCUUCCGCUGGUGCUCCUUGCCCUGCUGGUUGCUGGAAUGGGACUCUUUGCAGCCCUUAGAAAGAGGAAGAAGAAAGGAAAUCCUUAUGGAUCAGCUAAGGCUCAGAAAACAGACUGCUGGAAGCAGAUUAAAUAUCCCUUUGCCAGACAUCAGUCAGCUGAGUUUACCAUCAGCUACGAUAAUGAAAAGGAGAUGACACAGAAGUUAGAUCUCAUCACAAGUGACAUGGCAGAUUACCAGCAGCCUCUCAUGAUCGGCACCGAGACAGUCACGAGGAAGGGCUCCACCUUCCGGCCGAUGGACACCGAGGCGGACGAGGCGGGGCCGAGCGCCGAGGCGGGCAGCCACUACGACCGCCCCCUGCCGGGCCGCCACGAGUACGCGCUGCCCUUGGCGCACGCCGAGCCCGAGUACGCCACGCCCAUCGUGGAGCGGCACCUGGCCCGCGCGCACACCUUCUCGGCGCACGGCGGCUACCGCGUCCCGGGGCCCAGGCCGGCGCACAAACAUUCCCUGUCUUCUGGCAGCUUCUCCCCGGCAGGCGGGGCCGGCGCCGCGAGCGCGGGCUACCGGAUGCCGCAGAGCCCCGCGCCCCCGGACCCGGGCUACGAUGAGCCCAAGGCCGGCGGCUGCGUGACCGCGGAGCGCGCCGAGCCCGACUAUCAGAAGCCGCAGCCGCGUCCCGCGACCAGCGACGCUUACUCCGCGCCCCGAGACUGCCUCAGACCCCUCCACCAGACGGCCAUGACUGCCCUUCUGUGAACACAAUGUGAAAGAAGCCUGCUGUGGUACUGAGCGUCGCGCUGUGUGGCACUGGAAGCGGGGAGAUGGGUUCAAGUGUGUGUGCGUGUGUGCGUGCGUGCAAUUGAAUCGGAUCCUGCGGUGGAGUCCCUGAGACCACCUCUCCUACUGUUUACAACGUUGUGCAGCUGGUUUUGUUCUGACCCUUAGGGCAAGAGUCCCUUGG